GUGGCGCGGUGUGGAUCAACCCGGCCCUGUGAGAGGCAGUCCGGCCCACUGUGCACAAAAACAUGGCGAAGUGAACAUUUCAGCUGCGUGGAUAUUAGCAGAGUAAUUUUGUGCAUCGAAAAAAAGAAGGAUUCAUCAAAUACACUUCGUGGAACGACUGCGAGAGGAUUUCCUCUCCACUCCAGCGUCCUGAUUUGAAGAUGGAGUCUUCGGACAGCGCGGGCGACGCGGCGCCCAUGAGCGUUCAGAACGUGUACUCGGCUCUGGGUCUGAGCUCGGAGGACGUCGAGGCUUUGGCUCAAAUCCCCGAGAACGAGAUCAGCGUGGAAACGUUACCGUAUCUCAUCAUGCAGCUCAAAGCCAAGCGGGCCGAAAAGGCGGCCGCCGCUACUGACACAGACAAUAGCGAAAAACCAGAGGCGGAGCCUAAACAGGCCAAUCAGGAUACGGAAACUUCCGAAAAAAGAAAAGAGAAACGAGAAAGCCCGCCGUCUUCGAGUGCGUCACGUCAAGCGUCCAGCCACGACCAUGAGCAUCAUGGGAAGGGGGACGGUCACAGGAGGACGGAGCGAGCGAGUACGGGAGGACGGAGAGACUCCAGAUCGAGGAAGUCGUCCCGCGAGAGACAGAGCGGAGAUGCAGUGACGUCAGAGGAAAACGAGUUCGAUGACAAACCGACGGUUUUCCCGCACAUCUGUACGCUCUGCAAGACAGAGAGCAAUGGCUCCAAGGCAUGGCACAGUCACAUCCGCGGCAUCCGGCACACCAAAGCGCGGAGAGAGUACAUGCUGCUGUCCGGCUCAGUGGAUGACUCGUACUCGUCUCGUCGAGGUUCCCGCUCGUCUCUGCCCAGUAAACGGUCCUACAGUUCAGAACGGAGCACAGGAGACCUGUCCUCACCUUCUGAACGUUUUUUUCACCCUCCUAAGCCCUUCACGAAGGUGGUUGUGGCCAAAUAUCCGAUGGGCAGCAUGGCCGUGGCGGACAUGUUGGCUCUGGGAAAACCGUUUGGAACCAUCGUGAAGCAUCUCAUCUUCCCUUUUAAGGGAUUUCUGGAGUUCAGCUCUCACGCAGAAGCGAAGGAUAUGGUCACUCACUACCAGACUAAACCCGCCUUCAUUAAGGGUCAGCGCAUCAGUCUGUGUUUAUCCCCGACCGUCGAGGUCAUUCAUCCUCCAGAGGCAUACGAGCCGGCGUCGAAGCGCUCGAAGUCGUCCGCUCAGUCGGUGGUGUGUUUCUCACGUCUGCCUCCGGGGAAAGAGACCGAGGACAAGGUGCUGGACGUGGCAGCUUUAUUCGGGGAAGUUCGCUAUUCCAAAUUCACUGAAGACAAGGCUCUGAUAGAGAUGGUGGAUUGGCGUGACGCGGACAUCAUGGUGAAGUACUAUCACUCCAACCCACUGAGGAUUCAAGACAAGAGCAUCAAAGUGUCCAUGUCCUCCCGAGCAAACUUGCGAGAGAGCAGCCUCGAGCGUUCUUCCUCCAAAAAGUCCGACUCCAGCAAGAGCCACAGCAGCAGCAGCAGACAGAAAAGCGAGUCGUCUUCCUCCAAGACCACGACUCAGUCCAGCAGCAAGGACAAGGAGAAGACUGACGAGAAGGAGAAAGAGGGAGAGAAAAAAGAGGAGAAGGACAAAGAGGGAGAGAAAAAAGAAGACGAGGAGACAGAGAUGAAAGAGGAAGAGGUUGGGAACGAGGAAGGUAUUCAGGUGGAGGAAGAACACGACCUGGUAGACAAAGGUGGAGAGGAGAGCAUCACCACGGGAACGGAAGAAGUACAAGAGAAGGAGGAAGAGGAGGAGGUGGAGAAGGAAGGAGUGGAGCAGGUUGAUGCUGAGGAGGAGAGGAAAGAGGAAGAGGAGCAAGUUCAGGAGGAAAAAGACGAGAAUAAAGGAGAGCGAGGAUCGGAGGAGGACGUGGAGGAACAGGAUGAUCUGGAGGACAUGGAUUUCCCAGAGAACAUGGACGACUUUGUCACGCUGGACGAGCUGGACAACACGGCCGGAGACUCGUUAGAUUCCUCCGAACCUCAGGAGGGUAAGGUGGUUGUUGUGAGACCCAUCAGGAACGAGUUUAAAGAGACACGUAAGAAAGCCAUGAGAGAAGCUCUGUUCAAGAUGGCCGCCCCGUUCGGUGAAGUGGUCAACUUCGCCAUCUCCUACUACAGACAUGAGGCUCUGAUUGAACUGGAAUCGGUGGAGAAAGCUCACGAGAUGGUGAAUUUCUAUAAAAGCAGUAAGAGGUCGAAGCUGUGUGGAAGACCCGUGUCCGUGUCUCUGUGUCUGGCCUUCAACACUAUCGAGGGUCCCAGUGGGAGGACGUUGUUUAUCAGCAUGCUCCCUCCUUUCAAGUAUUCGGACAAAUCCCUCCUCAGACUCGCACGGCCUUUUGGGAAAAUCACCGCCUAUUGCUUCAACAGGGUGUACGGAACGUGUUAUAUCCAAAUGGAGACCGUGGAAGCGGCUGAGAAAAUGAUCCAGAGGUACUUACCCUGGCCUCUUAAAUUCUACGGCACUCCGCUAAAGAUCACUAAGUGCAGGAAAGGCGACUCUCUGAUUCCCUGGACUCCAGCGGAUAAGUUUGAGCGCUGGUAUGAGCCGAAGCUGGGGAGAAACAUAGAGGAGAGGAGAGAGAACGGCCAAACGGCCAAAAACAGCAGUGGGGAGGACCGCCACAGUCCCGUUUCCAGCUCUGAAGGUGUGUGUGGAGAUCCUGCAGGCGAGGGUGAAGAUUCAGAGGAAGAGGAGAAAGACCAGACCCCCCUCGGACCCUACCAACCCGACAACCCCGUGGGUAUCAGCUACGUCGUCCCCAAGAGCGGCUUCUUCUGCAAGCUCUGUAACGUUUUUUACACGGAUGAGAAAAAGGCCAAAUCGGAGCACUGCAGCAGCCUGGAACAUUACAACAUGCUGAAGAAGAAGCGUGGAGAGGUGGUGGAAGAGGAACAGACAGAUGGACAGACAGAAGGAUGAACGAAUGACCUGUGGAGAUCAGACAGCUAAUUUCACUGCAGUCCAUGAUUUUUUUUUUUUUUUUUUUGGUAAAACAAAAACAAACAAAAAAAAAAGGAAAACAUUCCAGCCUCCGUGUUUCCGUCUGUUUUGUUACAUAUACUUCGUUUUGUUUUAUUUGACAAACUACAUCAGAGAGAGAGAGAGAGAGAAAUGCUCAUCAGAUAAUACAAAAAAAAAAAAAAUCAUUACAAACCUUCUAAAUUGUUUCAGGUGGUGUGUGUGAGCAGAAUAGGGGUUUACAGUCAUCGUAGCUUCUUAUCAAAUAAACAAAAAUCUGUUUGAAAAAAA